AUGAGCGAGGCAGGCCAGGCCACCACCGCCGCCGCCGCCGCCGCCGCCCUCCCGAAGGCCCCGGCGGAGGCGGCCGCCGCGGCCCCCCAGGACCCCGCGCCCAAGAGCCGGGUGGGCAGCGGCGCGCCCCAGCCCGCGGCCCCAGCGCCCGCCGCCCUGGUCGCCGGGAAGCCCGGUGGCACCGCGGCCCCCGCCGGCAGCGAAGACGCCGAGAAAAAAGUUCUCGCCACCAGAGUCCUGGGCACUGUCAAAUGGUUCAACGUCAGAAACGGGUAUGGAUUUAUAAAUCGAAAUGACACCAAAGAAGACGUGUUCGUGCAUCAGACGGCCAUCAAGAAGAACAACCCACGCAAGUAUCUGCGCAGUGUAGGCGAUGGCGAGACGGUAGAGUUUGACGUGGUGGAAGGACAGAAGGGCGCAGAAGCCGCCAAUGUGACCGGCCCGGAUGGCGCUGCUGUGGAAGGGAGUCGCUAUGCUGCUGAGCGGCGUCGUUACACACGUGGCUACUAUGGCAGACGCCGGGGACCUCCCCGCAACUGCGCUGGGGACGAGGAGGAGGAAGGCGACGGCAGCAGGGAGCCCCCCGCCCCCGGCCGGCGGUUCCCCGGGGCCCGCAAUCAGCUGCGCCGCCCCCAGUAUCGCCCUCAGUACCGGCAGCGCCGGUUCCCGCCGCACCACGUAGGACAGACCUUCGACCGUCGCUCACGGGUCUUUCCCCAUCCCAACAGAAUGCAGGCCGGUGAGACUGGACAAGGGAAGGGUGGGGUCCCAGGGGGAGCACACCUGAAGGGACCCGCUUACCGCCCCAGGUACCGUAGGGGGCCUUCCCGCCCACGACCCGCCCCGGCUGCUGCAGAGGCUGGAGAUAAAGAGAAUCAACAAGCGGCCAGCGGUCCAAACCAGCCAUCUGCUCGUUACCGGCGUCCCUACAGCUAUCGGCGUCGCCCCCGUCCUCCUACCGCUCCUGCACAAGAUGGCAAAGAGACCAGGGCAGGGGAAGCACCCACCGACUGA